AAUGAUAAUUGUAAAUUUUUAAUUACAUUUAUUUUUUAUUUGGCAAAUUUUGAAUUGUCAAAGGAUGAGACAGUAUUCCAUAAAUGGAGUAAAGUAAAAUGGCAUAGAGAUUUCAAGAAAAUUUGAGCAUUAAAAUAUAGUAGUUUUAUUAUAUUUUCUUUUGAAAAGCAAUAGUUAUUUGUAAAAAUGGGAAUUAGCAAAGUCUGUUUAAUUAAAUAAAGAUAGAGGAAGACAGAUUUUCAAAUAAUAUUAGAAUGAAUAUUAAAAAUGUUUAAAUUUAAUUAACAAUUAUUUUAAGAAAAUGAGGAAUUCCAUUUAAUUAUUUUUAGUUGCUUAAAAUUUUUAUACAAUUUUCUUAAAUAAAUAUAUCUAAAUGAUAAUUCAGAUAAUCUUAACUCUGUUCCUAUUGAUGUUAUACCUUUUAGUGGUAAAACCUCUUGUUCCUAUGAUUAAAUUAAAAAUGUAGUUUGGUGAUGCUUGUUUGAUGAAAUUUCAUCUAUUUGGAGGGGAAUUAUGGGAAGCACUAAAAGAGAUGAAGACAAGCAAAGACUUAUUUAAAAGACAUAGAGACUUAUAUAUGAAACAUCCAUAUAAAAUAUUUGUAACAAAUUUUCUUUGGAAAGUAAGAAUAAAUGUAGCCGAUCCAGAAUAUUAUAAAUUAAUGUUACAUAAUCAUUAAUAUUAUAGUAAAUUUAAUAAUAUCAAUCAUGAGUAUUUAUUAAAUUAUUUAAUUAGCAAUGUCAUUUAAAAUGGUUUGAUUUGUUAGAUGGGAGAAAAAUGGAAGGCUCAAAGGUUACUUUUAAGUGAAUCAUUCGAUUAUGAUUAACUUAAAAGUCGCUUACCUAUGAUAAAUGAAGUUUGCCUGGAAAAAAUUGAUUCAAUUCAAGGAGAUAACAUCUUAGAAUUUUUAGAAUUAAUUACAGGAUAAGUAGUAAUAAGAAGCUUUUUUGGAAAAUCAGCAGAUGGAGUACAAAUAAAUAACAAGAAAAUUCAAAUAGAAAUAGCAGAUCUAUUAAAUGAAUUGGGGGAAGCCAGGUUUAAAUCAAAAUAUAUCUUCGUUAAAAGAUUCUUUUUGGGUACUAAAAGUUGGGGUUUCUUUCCGACUAAGAAAGAGAAAGAGCUGCUCUAAAGAAUUUCGGAAAUGAGGCUUGCUAUUGAAAAGUUGAUUUAAAAGAGAAUUGUAGAAAUAGAAUUAAAAAUGGAUGAAAAUGAAGAUGAUAUUAAGUAAAGAGAGACUGACUUUUUAGAUGUCCUUAUUAAGGAGUAUUUAAAAUAAAAGCAAUAAGGCACUUAAAAAAUAACAAUUGAUGAAAUUAUAUAGUAGUUUAUCACUUUGUUCUUUGCUGGUACAGAUACUACAGCUGUCUUAAGUUAUCAUUGUCUAUAUUUUUUGGCUUAAUACCCAGAAAUACAGGAAGAAAUAAGGGAGGAAGUACUUUCAGUUUGUAAAAACGAAAGCAUUCUGGAUGAUAAGAUCAAAUAAUUACAUAAAUUAUCUGCAUUUAUUAAUGAAGUAUUGAGAUUUAAGAAUCCAGCUAUAAGAUUAUUAAUGAGAUUCUGCAAUGAAACUCAUAGAGUAAAGGACCUUACAAUAUAGAAAGGUAUUCUAUUUCAUUAAAAUAUAGGGUGGAGUGUGACAAUUGAUUAUUAAUUCCCAUAAUAAUAGUCUAAACAUUUUCCAAAUCCUGAAAAAUUUGACUAUAAAAGAUGGUUAGAACAGGAACCAAUAAAGGAAAAUCAUUAAUUUGUAUAUCUGCCAUUCUCAUCAGGACCUAGAAAUUGUAUUGGACAACACAUGGCUUAGAUGGAAGCAAAGAUUAUUUUAUCAUAGAUUCUUAGAAAGUUUUCGAUCCAAAUUAACCAUGAUGUGGAAUCAAGAUGGACAGCCAGAUUUCUAUAUUAAUUAUAACCAGGAAAUUGUGUUAAAUUAUAGAAAAGAUGA